AUGGAGAUUGAGGCGUUCCCGAUAGGGUUCACCAAGGGCAUCCGCUCGCACUGGCGCCGCCGCAAGUACCAGCGCCUGGAGGCCGGCGAGGGCGGCAGCAGGACCAAGGGCAACACGCAGCGCCUCGGCGGCGGCGCCCGGCGUUCCGGCGGGUGGCGCCUGCGGCUUCGCGGGCUAAUCCUGCGCCGCGUGCGCGUGGUUCGAGCGGUUGUCGCGGCGCCCGCACGGCUGCUGGGGCGGCUGCGGGACGCGUACGUGGGCGGCAUGCUGACGGUGGCCAGGAAGGCGGCGAUCACGGCGCUGCCCAGCGACGGGAUGUGGACGAAGCGCGUGCCGCGGCGGAAGCACCAGAAGCUGUUGCUGCCUGGGGCUGCGGCGGCGGCGCAACAGGGCCCUUCGGAGUUCGAGAAGCGGCUGGUCAUGGAGAUCUACAAGUCCAUCGUCGCCUCCAAGGAGCUCACCACCAUGCUCCACUCCUCCGCCGCGCACCUCACCACGAACACAGCAUCAGCCUAGCAACCUGGUGUAACAUUCAUCCGUCACUGACCGGCGGCCCAAGAAGCCGAGA